UAAAUGCAAAACAUAUUUCGUUUACUUUAGAAACUUUUUUGAUUCUUUAUCAACACAUGCACCGGGCUCCCCUGAUUUUAUCAAUUAUUAGUUUGGCGAUUAGCUUCGACUAUUGCACCUUGAAGUGCAAGAUUGGCGGUAAAUACGUAAACCACACUAUGUGUCAAUAUAGAGAAGGCGGAGGAGAAAACUGUGCCUCAUGGAAGAGUACGAUGACCUUUGACAUGAUACGGACGCUAGAGACACGUCACAACAAGAUGAGAGAACUAACCGCGUCGAGCAGUGAGACAUACAAGCUGGGACCUGUCCCGAACAUGUUGAGACUUGCUUGGAGUGACGACCUCAUGGCUACGGCACAGCGUUGGGCCGACCAGUGUGAGAAAAACAUGUCCGACGUUUGUAGAACCUCUUGGAAAGGUGUAGACACUGAACAAAUCAUGUUCAAAUACUACUCAUCUGACAAGUACUUCACCCCUUUGACCGCAAUUCAGAGCUUAUUAGUUAGUUUGGAGAAACAACUGGAAGGUGAAAUCACAGAGAUUUUACUGGGUCAUAAUCUCCGGAUCCUGUUGAACAGCAAGUCAGACAUGUUCGGAUGUGGGUUUGCCUGGAGUGUGGCCAAAGAACAAGAACAUCCAUGGUUGUAUGAGUACAGGCUGGUCUGCAACUACUUGAUGAAAACUGGUAAGUUGAGUGCUUAUAAGGUUGGCGAACCUUGCUCAAAAUGCCCUAGAAACACCAAGUGUGAUAGUUCCAGUCAGUUCCCUAGUCUGUGUGCUAUGAAAGUCCUACAAAAUGACCCGAGUCCUGUCACCUUUUGUGACCCUGAGGAGGAUUAUGCAAAAAAAUACUUUAGAGAACAUAAGUCCAAUGGUUGUGCUUGUUUUCCUGAUGUCAUCAGAGUGGUCAUUUGUUUAAUGUCAGUUUUUUGUCACUUCAUGGGAUUUUUGACAAUAAACCUGUAG